CAACUUGCACUCCAUCAGCUUUCAAACCUGAUUUUGAAGAUAUACUUUGUGAUCGUACUUACAAAAUUAAAGAAAUGCCAAAAGUCUAAAAAGAUGACCUAUAGCGUCCUUUGAAGUGCUACGAGUAUGCUGCAAAAAGUCAUAGGAUGGAAUAAUCAAUAGCUUAUCGAUUAAAUAAUGAAUAACAUUGUCGGGGCUUUUUCUGACCAGUAAGGGACAAGGAGGAGAUGGCUGACCGGGAACUUUCCACCGAUGAACUUUCGUCCGGACAGGAUUCGGCUGGCAGUGUGGUGGGGGCGGGCGGCCCGCCACCUCCUUCUGGGGGAGAGGACCCUGGGGAUUUCGAAUAUGAGGGUGACGACGGUGUUGAAAUCGAGGGAGGAUUUGGCACAUCACUAUCGGAAGAGCAAUUAGGCGGUCUUGGGGACGGGGACAAUAAAUCGACGCUUUUUCCUACCUCCCUGGAACUGCAGAUUGCUGACGAGAGAGGUGACUCUGAUGAAGAAGGGCUAGAAGAUGGCGAAAUUUCUGCAACUACAAUUCGAGGUGCCGGUGAUAAAGUAGCCGCUAGCGAUGCUGGUACUACUAAGAAGAAGGAAAUGGUAACCACUUUGUGGCCAGAGCUGGAGGAGAAGUUUCGUCCAGCGGAUGUCCAGAAACUUGUGGAGAAAAUAGUCAAAGAAAAGUUGGAUGGGCAAGCAUACGAUGCGGACGAAAUGCCCAGAACGAUCAAAGUCCUAAGUGAUCUGAUUCACAGUAAAGUGCGACUCUUAAAGUAUAAACGUUACAAAAUUAUCACUCAUGUCGCUUUGGGAGAACGUAGAGGAGGAGGAAUUACUUCAGUGACGAGAUGCAUUUGGGAUCCAAUGGCCGACUGCAUGGCUACCUAUUCGUACUUAAACGAAACGGUAUUCUGUUGUGUUACGGUGUAUGGAAUAUACUAUUAUUGAUCAUAGUUAAAGCCAACAAAUCCUGUUGUGACCGUGAGUUCAGUAAAAUACUAAUUCUGCUAAUUGCUAUGAGUGUAUACUGUUUUUAUAUUUAUACAUGUAUAUAUA